GACGCGGGCUGCGCGCGGGCGGCUGGUGGCGGCGCGCGCCCCGCUGCAUGGAGACCAUGCCCUGCCACAACCGGCCGUUGGGCGCGGCGGGCGGCCCGCGGCAGCAGGAGGACCAGCCGGCGGCCGGGGCCGGGGGCGGCUGUGGUAGCACCCGGCUGAUCCGCUUCGCGGAGCCCGGCCCCGACAGCAGCCCCAGCCCGGACAGCGGCCGCAAUGGGGUCCCACCCCAGGAGCCCGGGCCGCAGCCGCUGCCGAUCGGAGCCCAGCUCAAGCUGCUGCCCAUGAACGACCAGAUCCGCGAGCUGCAGACCAUCAUCAGGGACAAGACAGCCAGUAGAGGGGACUUCGUAUUUUCUGCUGAUCGUCUGAUCAGACUUGUGGUUGAAGAGGGAUUAAAUCAGCUACCAUAUACAGAAUGCACAGUGACCACUCCAACAGGCUACAAGUACGAAGGAGUGAAAUUUGAGAAGGGAAACUGUGGAGUCAGCAUCAUGAGAAGUGGAGAGGCAAUGGAACAAGGCUUACGGGAUUGCUGCAGAUCCAUCCGAAUAGGAAAAAUCCUGAUACAGAGCGACGAAGAGACUCAGAGAGCCAAAGUGUACUAUGCCAAAUUUCCACCAGACAUUUACAGGAGAAAAGUUCUUCUCAUGUACCCAAUACUGAGCACUGGCAAUACUGUCAUUGAAGCUGUAAAAGUUCUUAUAGAACAUGGCGUUCAACCAAGUGUCAUUAUCCUACUAAGCCUAUUCUCCACACCUCAUGGUGCCAAAUCUAUCAUCCAGGAGUUCCCAGAGAUCACAAUUUUAACUACAGAAGUUCAUCCUGUUGCACCAACACACUUUGGACAGAAGUAUUUUGGAACGGACUGAGACACUUAACACAAAUUGGUUAUGUCAAUAUGUUGCUGUAUGAUAUUACAAUGGCGUUUUUUCUACGUUUUAUUAUUUGUAGCAGGGCUGGCUGCAGGCAUAUUUAAAAUCUUUUUUAGCCAGAGGGGAAAAAUAUUUUACCUAUAUUCAUUUUUGGUUACUUUCUGAAAAUUGAAUCAGAUGCAAUAAUAAAGCACAUUCAAUUAUUAUAAACUAAAGGCCCUUUAAUGUGCUUUUGGAAAUUGCUACCCACUCAGUGCUUUAACUUAUUUAUUCUUUCAUAACCCUGUUCUGUAGCUGUUUGCAAGAGCAAAAUAAAAUGAUGCUGUAAAGCA